AUGGUUAUUAUUUUUAAUACAUUAUGGAAGAAAACGAAGCCUAAUAUUGUUAUUGUACAUACGAAAAACUAUGGGGCAAAGCCUCCAAUUUUGAAAUGUACUUGCAAGGUUGCGCUUAUCAUUGGUGGCUCAAACAACGGUUUUGGAUUUUCUGCUGCUGAUCAGCUGCUUUAUCAUGGCGCUAAAAAAGUCAUUAUAGCAGAUAAUAAUGCAGAAAUGGGAGCACGUGCAGUGGAAAAACUUUGUAAUACUUAUGGAAAACAUCGUGCUAAAUUUUUCUGUUGUAAUUUAAAAAAUUCCUGUCAUAUCGAAGCAAUAUUCUCAUCUUCUUACUGCACUGAUGAAAACAUAAGCAUUAUGUUUAACGAUUUGGAUGCUAUUCAAAGUCUUCCUGAUCCUCAACUGAGUCACUGCAUGGACGGUAGUAAAAUUAAUAACACAUUGCGCCUCCUGCAUAAAGGAUUCAAAUAUAUGUGCAAUAAGAAAGGAGGUCAAGGUACAAAUGGCAUAAUUGUCAAUUGUGCGUCAAUCAUGGGUUUCGUUGGGUGGCCAGAAAAACCCAAACCAAUUUACUGUUGCCGCGAGCCUGUCAUUGAAACAACUCUGGACAUUGUGCCGGAAUAUCCGGUGAAAAAAACAGGAAUUCGUGUAGUAUCUCUUUGUCCAAUUAAUCGAGCCUUCGAGACAAUCGGAUUACCAAAUUUUCCUGAUUAUACUAUUUCCAAGGAAUCUCGCUGUCCUAAUUCGUCUUGCUCUCCGAAUCCAAGCUUAGACAAAAAACGACUCGGUAAAGGUUUAGUGCACUUAAUGGCAUAUGCGACAACUGGAAGUGUUUGGUUACUUCAACCACCAUUUACGUUAAGUGAAAUUCCAAAGCUUGUGGAUUAUUUCAAACCAAAAUAGUAUGAUCGCUGUAAGAAAUAGCUUGUAUUUUAUGGAUUGUAAGAUGAUUA